GGCAAUUCUGAUUACACAAAUGACGACUGAUGUACGUUGUGUACGGCUGCUGAUGUGGUGACAGUUCUUGUGUUUGUGUAAACUAAAGGGAUGAGAAAACAAGUUGAAAUGGAUUCAGUCGAAAAUAGCAGUAACCUGAAAAUACCAAAGGUCCGAAGGGAAACUCAGAAAUUACCAAAACGCGUCAGUGAAAUGAGCAAAGAGGCUCUAGAAGCAAUGUUAAGGAAAAAAAGAGAAUGUAAUGCCAAAGCACUAGAGAUUGUGGAACGCUUGCUGGGGAAUACUGUCAGUGAAGAAUGGUUUCUUGAUUGCCUAAAAUUCAUAAGUGAAUGUCAUUUCCAAGACAUCAUAGAAGAAAGAUCAAUUUCAAUGAUCUGUGGGUAUCCGCUUUGUCGAAAGACGCUGAAAAAUAUUCCCAGUCAGCAAUAUCAUAUAUCUACCAAGAAGAAUAAAGUAUAUGAUAUUACAGAAAGGAAGAAGUUUUGCAGUAAUCACUGCUACAAAGCAUCAUCGUAUGUGAAAGCUCAGUUACUCACAAGUCCUCUCUGGAUAAGAGACAAAGAAGAAAUACCUAAAUUUACUAUUCUUCCAGUUGAAUCACCAAGUGGUGGCAUCGGGGAAGAGAUAGACAUUGGUCAUAUCAGUUCAUUAAAAGAAGAAUUAAAACAGCUACAUAAACAAGAAAUAUCAAACAAAUUCACUUCAGUAUCUCAUUUUACAAGAGAUUCUCUUUCACAGCUGGUAUCAGAUACUGAAAGCGAUGAUAAACAAAGACAACCAAGUACAGAAAGUUACAUGAAGGAUCAGAACAAAACAGAAGUAAAAGAUGGAUUUAAUGAAGUCAAGAGCGACUUUAAAGAAACAAAGAGUACGGAUCAACUGGAAUUCCAGAAUGAAACAAUACAAAAUGUUCAUAUAGACAAUGCAGUACAAAGUAAAGAAACUUCUGAAGCAGUUGAUACACAAGAUGUUAACGAUUCUCAAGAUAACAGAACAGUAAGCCCCGAUAAAAUUCAUGACAACAGUUGUAAAGUGUCCAGUAAUUUCACAGACUUUGCACGUGACAGCAGUGCAAUUCAUAAAGUUGAAGAAAGAGGCAGUGACAUUUUAAGCAACUCCCCAAAGUCAGUAUGCAGUAAAAUACAAGAAUUAAAACCCAAGAAAAACAUACAAUCAAAGAAAAAAUUACUACAUAUUCCUGCCCCUAUUAAAAAUGCUGUAAUUCAUAUAGAGAAAUGUUUGUGUGAAUGGUUUACAAUUGAAUCAAUGUGCUUUCUUUUUGGAGAAGAGAAAAUUAAAGUUAUGGUAGAAGAAAAAGGGGAAAGCAUAAAGGAGUAUUACAAGGUUGUUGGUAAUGCUUCAUGGGAUCCCAAAAUCCAAGAGCAAUAUAUGGCAAUCUGUCGGCGCUUGAAUAUAAUGGAGAUUGAAGACCGCGAGUAUGACAAGCAAACGGCGACAAAACCUCUUCCAGAUUACACGGCUGUGAGAGAAGAAGCAAAGAAAAUGGAUCUUAAAAUAAGGGCAUAUUAUCAAGGGAAGACAGUGUAUGAAAAUGAAGGUGGUAUAAGGAUUUCUGAAAAACGCAGUGAUUCUGCACCUGUACUGCCAUUAGUGCACCUCCAUGCCCAGAAUGCACUCCGUAGAAGAAUAGUGUUGGACCGUCUCAAUCGGACUUUACCUGAUUUACUACGAACGUUUGAUUUAUCUUCGCGUGAUGUCAGUGGGGAUGUUAGAAGCCUUGUUACCACCUUCAGACUUGGAGCCGACAACAUAACUUUCAAACCACCUGAAUGGAGUUUGCUUGGUCUCAUCAUUCUUAAAAUGUUGUCCAUAAAGGAUAAGAGAUUACAGAUUCUUCUCGACAGCGAAAAAGUGAUGAAGUACACCACCAUGAUGCUAAUGAGUUUUCAGCAAGAUGGAGGCUACCUGAAUAGACUUAUGGCUUGGCUGACAGAUAUAGAUAAUUUACUGUGCAAGCAGUAAUGAACAUGGUGUUUUUACGUGAAUAUAAGACAAACUUUUGUCCUUUACUGUAUAAUUUAAAUAUAUGGGCCUCUUUAAAAAAAAUACUAAAAAAUAGUUUUUA